UCGAGCAGCGCGUCCCGCUUAUCCGGCGAUGGCAUUUUCGUUAUUACCCGCGCAUAAGUUCAUCCUCGCGCCUCGCAGAAAGGGUUCAAAGGGGAAGGUGAAGAGGUCGUAUCUGCUGAGCACGGCACUGUGAGAUGGCGCCGAGGGUAGCACGAAAGCGGCGGUCACCGUCUUUGGAUCCCGAAGGUAUCUUCAGAGGCAUGAAUGUCUUCCUAGUGCCGGGGGGUAUGCGGUCCCAAAGGCUCAAGGUAUGGAAGCAGAAGUUGUUACAAAUGGGGGCUAAAGUUGAAGAUGGAUUUUCGGAGAGAGUGACUCAUAUUUUUGCCAUAGACUUUAGGUCACUUCUUCAACAAGUGAGCUUUCAAAAGUUGCAAAAUUUCGAAGGAAGUUUGAUCAAUUAUCAAUGGUUGGAAGACUGCUUGAAGUCAGGAGAAAAAUUGCCCUAUGAUUCAUAUACUAUAACAUCAACAUCCAAAGAGCAUGCCAAAUUAUCUCAGUCCUGCAAUGAUGAUUUAUUAUCCAGCAAAAGGAGCAAAACUGUGGCUCAUGGUUUGAGAGCUGCAGAUGAUUCUCUCACUGCUGAGGAUAGCAUGAUAGGUGUUUCUUUCCAUGAAGAUUCAGACAAAGUUCUUAGGGAUGAAGAGGCAACAGAUGAAAGAAAACUCAAGACGCAAAGUGAUUCAGAUGGUGUCUCCAGUCCUCUUGGUCGUGGUACUAAUGUUCCCGAAGAAUCAAAAGAAUUAUCUUCGCUGUACAGUCCUCCUGAUCUCAAUAAGGACAUUACUGAGAUAUUCGGGAAACUUGUAAACAUCUAUAGAGCUUUAGGCGAUGAGCGCAGGUCAUUUAGUUAUCAAAAAGCCAUUCCAGUGAUAGAGAAAUUAUCUUUUAAAAUUGAAAAUGUUGAUCAAGUCAAACAUCUUCCUGCUAUUGGGAAGUCAUUGCAGGAUCAUAUUCAGGAAAUUGUAAGCACUAGAAAGUUAUCUAAAUUGGAGCACUUUGAGAAAGAUGAAAAGAUCUUUCCAAUUAAUCGGUACCUCCUUCGCUCCCGCCCUUCUUCGGUGCACCUCUUUGAAGAACCUCUUCCAUGUCCUCUGUCAGUGUCUGAGGUAGUGAAGAAGAGGGUACGUGAUCUCCAAGAACACGCCUCAGUUGUGAUACGUGAAAGAUUGAAUGCAAUGAUGAUGAAGCUAGGGGAACACAAAACUUCCAUAUGUAUAGACAUGAAAAGAGCUCAGCUUUUUACUUCUCAGGUGGUGGUUAUUUGUGGAGGAUCGUAUAGACGCGGGAAAGCAUCUUGUGGUGACCUGGAUAUUAUAAUUACUCAUCCUGAUGGAGAAAGCCAUAAGGGCUUUUUACCUAAAUAUGUUCAACGUUUGAAGGAUAUUAAUUUUUUACGGGAGGAUUUGGUUUUUAGCAUUCACAGUACCGAGGGAACCGAUUCAGGGGUUGAUACUUACUUUGGUCUUUGCACAUAUCCUGGACGAGAACAACGACAUCGCAUUGAUUUUAAGGUAUAUCCAAAGAGCAUAUAUGCUUUUGGACUGAUAGCAUGGACGGGCAAUGAUGUGCUAAAUAGAAGGUUGAGGUUACUGGCUGAAUCCAAAGGAUAUAGGCUUGAUGAUACCGGGCUGUUCUUAGCUACUCGAUCCAUGUCUGGAAAGCAAGGGAUGAGAUCCAGCACAAGUGUGAGCUGCAAUACUGAGAAGGAGGUGUUUGAAUUGCUUGGAUUUCCUUGGCUGGAACCUCAUGAAAGGAACUUGUAAAUGUUUUGUUUUAUUAUAUGCAGUCUUCUGUCAUUUCUGUAUAUAUUUUAGCUUUAGCAUUAAGAUAUUUGUUUUUUGGGGGAUGAAUCAGUUGAACUCGCUCGGGCUGGAUUGAAUUGGUCUGUGUGAUAUCAUUUCUCAAUUUCUUUAUUUGGUUCAAAUGUUUUUAAAUGGUUGAAUUUUUACGUUGUAUGAAUCGUAUAAACCCUUGCAAUGGAGAGCUAUUCC